GCUGUGCGUGUGUAAGAGGGAAGCAGAUAGAUUUUUUGUUAGUGUUCCAUUUCCCCCGUUCUUCAGUCAGACGACAGUGCGCCACCGAGGAGACGCAGGCGCGUUACGCGGAGCCAGGAACGGAACGCAACUCCGCCGAGAACAGGAGAGUUUUUGAGGAUCGCGAGAGAGGAGACAAGCUUGAAGGCGAUCAUGCCCGCGAAAGGUGGAGGCAGACUGGCACACGUCCACACACUGCUGCUGUGCGCGGCUGCGCUCAGCGGUUGCGCCACGGCGUGCCCGGCGCUCUGCGCGUGCAGCGGUACCACGGUGGACUGCCACGGGCUCGGGCUCAAAACCGUGCCCAGGAAUAUACCCAGAAACACAGAGAGGCUGGAACUGAAUGGGAACAACCUGACGCGCAUCAACAGAAAUGACUUUUCAGGACUCAAGUACCUCAGGGUUCUGCAGCUGAUGGAGAAUCAGAUUGUAACUGUGGAGCGAGGAGCGUUUGAUGACAUGAGAGAGCUGGAAAGACUACGCCUGAACAAGAACCAACUUCAGCAGUUUCCAGAACUUUUGUUUCAGAAGAACGAGGCUCUGUCCAGACUAGACCUGAGCGAGAAUUUCAUCCAGGCGAUUCCUCGAAAGGCUUUCCGUGGAGCCACAGAUAUCAAGAACCUUCAGCUGGACAAGAAUCACAUCAGCUGUAUUGAGGAUGGAGCAUUUCGUGCGCUACGAGGCCUUGAAGUUUUAACGCUGAACAACAACAACAUCAGCAGUAUUCCAGUGUCCAGUUUCAACCAUAUGCCCAAACUCAGGACCUUCCGUUUGCAUUCCAACAACUUGAACUGUGACUGUCAUCUUGCCUGGUUAUCCCAGUGGCUGCGGGAACGACCGACCAUCGGUCUGUUCACCCAAUGCACCUCUCCGGCUCCGCUGCGAGGACUCAACGUAGCCGAGGUUCAGAAACAUGAGUUCACAUGUUCAGGUCAGACUGCAGACAGCGGUGUUCAGCUGUGUAGUUUUGCUGCGGGUUCGUGUCCGGCAGUCUGCACCUGCAGUAAUAAUAUUGUGGACUGUCGAGGGAAGGGACUGACAGCGAUCCCAGCCAAUCUGCCUGACAGUAUGACAGAGAUACGUCUGGAACAGAACGGCAUUAAGUCAAUCCCUCCUGGAGCGUUCUCUCCGUACAAGAAACUUCGCCGAAUAGAUCUCAGCAACAACCAGAUUUCUGAGAUAGCACCCGAUGCUUUCCAUGGCCUACGCUCCUUAAACUCACUGGUGCUGUAUGGUAAUAAGAUCACUGAUCUACCCAGAGGAGUGUUUGAUGGACUUUACGCCCUUCAGCUGCUCCUUUUAAAUGCAAACAAGAUCCACUGUCUCAGAGCCAACACGUUUCAGGACCUGCAAAAUCUCUCACUGCUGUCUUUAUAUGACAACAAAAUCCAAACGCUGGCCAAGGGCACCUUCACCUCCCUGCGUGCAAUUCAGACACUUCAUUUAGCACAGAAUCCGUUCAUCUGUGACUGUAAUCUGAAGUGGUUGGCUGAUUAUCUCCGCUCGAACCCCAUUGAGACCAGCGGUGCCCGCUGCACCAGUCCUCGCCGUCUCGCCAACAAACGCAUCGGUCAAAUCAAGAGCAAGAAGUUUCGCUGCUCUGCCAAUGAGCAGUACAUCAUCCCAGGAACUGAGGACACCAGGCUGAAUAACGACUGUAAUAAUGACCCGGUCUGCCCAGCCAAAUGUCGCUGUGAGUCGAAUGUGGUUGACUGUUCGAACCUUCGACUGAGCCGCAUCCCAGAGCACAUCCCAGUGUCCACAACAGAACUCCGCCUGAACAAUAAUGAGAUCACAACCAUAGAAGCCACCGGUGUAUUCAAGACACUUACACACCUGAAGAAAAUAAACCUUAGCAACAAUAAGAUCUCUGAGAUUGAGGAUGGGGCGUUUGAGGGAUCAUCUUCAGUCAAUGAACUCCACCUGACAGCUAACCAGCUGGAUUCGGUGCACAGUGGGAUGUUCAGGGGUCUGGACGGCCUACGGAUGAUGAUGCUGCGAAACAAUCGCAUUAGCUGCAUUCACAACAACAGCUUCACAGGCUUGCACAACGUUCGCCUGCUGUCACUUUAUGACAACACAUUGACGAGCAUCGCUCCCGGAGCCUUCGACACACUGCAGAGUCUCUCAACCCUAAAUCUGCUUGGCAAUCCAUUUAACUGCAACUGCCAGCUGGCAUGGCUAAGUGUCUGGCUGAGGAACCGAAAGAUUGUGACGGGAAACCCACGCUGCCAUCAGCCAGCUUUCCUCAAAGAGAUUCCCCUGCAGGAUGUAGCCCUACCAGAUUUCCGCUGUGAUGAGGGUCAAGAUGAAUCGAGUUGCACUCCACCUGUCCAGUGUCCCAGUGACUGUACCUGUCUGGAGACGGUGGUGCGCUGCAGUAACAAACAUUUGCAUGUCUUACCCAAAGGCAUUCCUCGCAACAUCACCGAACUAUACCUGGAUGGAAACCAGUUCAGUGUUGUGCCAAAGGAGCUGUCCACCUUUAAACAUUUACAGCUGGUAGACCUGAGUAACAACAAAAUAAGCUCCUUAACCAAUUCUUCAUUUGCCAACAUGAGUCAACUUACUACCCUGAUUCUCAGUUAUAACGCUCUUCAGUGUAUCCCAACUCUCGCCUUCAGGGGUCUUGGAUCUCUCCGACUGCUGUCUCUGCAUGGCAAUGACAUCUCCGAGUUGCCUGAUGGGAUUUUUAAUGACGUGACAUCAUUGUCACAUCUGGCCAUAGGGGCAAACCCGCUGUACUGUGAUUGCCGACUGCGCUGGCUCUCUGAUUGGGUGAAAACCGGCUAUAAGGAGCCAGGCAUUGCUCGCUGUGUCAGCCCGCAUGGCAUGGAGGGCAAACUACUGCUAACCACUCCAGCCAAGAGGUUUGAAUGUCAAGGUGAGGUGGACACUGCCAUACUAGCGAAAUGUAACCCGUGCAUUUCUAAUCCCUGUCUGAACCGUGGGACCUGUCAGGCAGAUGAGAUCGAAGGCUACAGGUGCAACUGUUUUCAGGGUUUUAAGGGCAAGAACUGUGAUGCAGUGCUUAACGCUUGUGUAAGGGAACCCUGUCAACAUGGAGGAACAUGCAGCGUAUCUGAAGAAAAAGAUGAAGGCUACAGCUGCUCCUGUCCUGUCGGCUUUGAAGGUCCACUGUGUGAGAUUGACAUUGACGAAUGUAAAGACAAUGACUGUCAGAAUGGAGCGACGUGCAUAGACGGCCACAACAACUACACAUGCUUAUGUGGCCCUUUUUACACAGGGGAGAUGUGUGAAGAUCUGGAGGAUAUGUGUGCUUCUGAUCGCAAUCCCUGCAAGCAUCAAUCCACCUGCUUUAUCACACCCACCGGUCCAAAGUGUUUAUGUGUAGCGGGAUACGUGGGUGACGACUGCAGCGUGAACUACGAUGACUGUAAGGAACACAGGUGCCAGAACGGAGCAGAGUGUUUGGAUGAAAUUAAUGGAUACUCUUGUGUUUGUCCUCAAGGCUACAGCGGACAGCUUUGUGAAAUCCCAUCUACUCGGCGUUCUGUGUGCGACAUUGCUGACUGUCAGAACAAUGCGCCAUGUGUGGAGCGAGGAGGCCAUCCGCUGUGUCAGUGCCUGGCUGGGUUUGGUGGACCACGCUGUGAAAAGUUAGUUAGUGUUAACUUUGUGGAUCGAGACUCCUACCUGCUCCUGAGUGACCUGAAGAACUGGCCUCAGGCCAACAUCACCCUACAGGUGUCCACUGCAGAAGACAAUGGCAUUCUUCUGUACAAUGGAGAUAAUGAUCACAUUGCUGUGGAGCUUCAUGAGGGUCAUGUGAAAGUCAGCUAUGAUCCUGGCAGCAACCCUGGCCGUGCAAUUUACAGUACUGAAACCAUCAAUGAUGGUGAGUUCCACACUGUAGAACUGGUGACCUUCGACCAGAUGGUAAACCUUUCCAUAGAUGGUGGCAGACCAACCACAAUGGACAGCUUUGGGAAAGUGCAACCCUUGACAGGAGAGGCUCCACUAUAUGUCGGAGGCAUGCCAGUUGAUGUCCACCCCACAGUCCCCCGGAUAUGGCAGAUCCAGAACGGCUCUAGUUUCCAUGGUUGUAUUCAGAAUCUGUACAUCAACAACGAGCUACAGGACUUUACUAAAACCCAGAUGAAACCUGGUGUGGUGCCCGGCUGUGAGCCUUGCCGAAAGAUAUAUUGCCUGCAUGGCAUUUGCCAACCCAAUGCAGCCUCAGGCCCUGUUUGCCACUGCCAACAUGGAUGGAGCGGGCAACACUGUGACCAGCCAGCAACAAACCCAUGCCUGGGCAGCAAGUGCGUCCACGGGAAAUGUAUUGUGAUGGAUGCGCAGUCGUACCGCUGUGAAUGUCAGGAGGGUUUUCACGGUGCCUUGUGCAACCAGCAGGAAGAGCUUUUUAAUCCAUGCAGAAAGCUUCAAUGCAAACACGGCCAUUGUCAGAUCUCUGAUGCUGGAGAUGCCUACUGUCAUUGUGAGGCUGGUUACAGUGGAGACAUGUGUGACAAAGAGUCCGAGUGUCAUGGGGAGUCGGUGCGAGACUUUUACCAGGUCCAGCGCGGCUAUGCCAUCUGUCAGACGACACGCAUGGUGUCUUGGGUGGAGUGCAGCGGUACCUGUGACACAGGCUCAUGCUGCGCCAGCCAAAGGAUGAAACGCAGGAAAUACACUUUUGAGUGUAGCGACGGCACAUCCUUCAGCGAGGAGGUUGAAAAGACCAUCAAGUGUGGCUGUGUGGGGUGCAUGUAGAAUCUAAACACUAGCGUCACCACCCUGUCACAGUCUGAAAGAACUGUAGAACGAGCCAUCGUAAAUAAACAGCAUCAUAUCGA